AUUCUUCCUGAUCAGAGAACAUCACUGUUUUCACAUUUCUAGGUUACAGGCCUAAAGGAAAAUGUGUGAGAGCAAGUCCAUAGAAAUGCAGAAUAUUUUAAUGUUUAAAGAUAAGAAAGGAAUCUGCUGUGUUGGCCUGUGUUAAAAUACUUCUGUGUUUUACCUAAAAUAUUCAAUGUGCAGUAUUUUCUCUGUUAAUAUUUGACAAAACUCACAGGGGAAGUUGACUUCUGUGACUUCAGAAAAUAGGUGAGUUUCUUGUGUUACAAGUGCAGAAAACGCCCAGGUCAAUACUAACAACCUUCCUACAUAAGGUGACGGAGCUGUGACCGGAUUAAUAUUUAUUCAUGUGACAAUAUAUACAUCACAGCCAACUGUGCAUCUAAGCCACAACUGCUCAGUUUAGCAGCAACAACAAAUUCAGACAUUUCAGGUCUGAGUUUAUUUGGACAUUUGAAAGAUUAUUAACUGUUUAUAGAGUUUAGGAUGUUGGUGUCACUCAGUCUUAAACUUCUACAGUCUAUUUAUUUUAGAAAUGAGACAGGUCUAAUGAAAUUUUGAAAAGGCUGUGAACACUGCUGGAAGAAGUGUUGAGAUUUUUAAUUUACCAAAAAAAACGGAAUUUACUGAAGUGAGAGAACAUAAAAGUUAUCUGCACAGUUUGCUGUGAGCAUCUGUGAAAGUGCCUGUUCAACAUGGUGCUGGUCAGUGUUACACGUGUCAUACACACAGUACUGUACCGAGGAUGCUUUAAAAGAUAAAGCCACGAACAGGUUUUAUUGAUCAGUACAGUUAACAGUUGUUCCAGGCUCUUGGCAGGUCGAUCGUUCCAGCGUCUCGGAGCGUCUGAUCCCAGACUGACUCCAUGACGUUGAGAUCAGGUCUCUGCGGGGGCCAGGCCAUCUGUUGCAGGACUUCCUGGUCGUCUCAAGUCUUUAAAACGUGUGCACACCACGUUACCCCCGAUCAGCCACAGCAUUAAAACAGGUGACUGGUUUUAGUGUUGUGGCUUAUAGGUGAAUUAUUUUAAUUAAAAGCCAUGAAGCUAUGGGAAGUAAUUGAAACAAAAAUAAAAAGAGUAUUAAAUCACAUUACUGAUGGUUCAGAAUGAACUCUUUCAGAACAGGCCACAGAUAUAACUGAUCAACCACAACAUUUAAACCAGUUACCUGUGUUUAAUAAUGUGGCUGAUCGGUGGAUAUAUUAGUGAAAUAUGUUUAUAUACUGUUGGAUAAUUGAAUCUAUCACAAUGUAUGAACUGAUCCAUUGUUUUAAAGUCUUGUAGUUGAGUUCCAUGUAGUCCCACAAUAUUUCUGUUUGACUUCUUCAGUGUUUGAGUAAAUGUUCUUAGUUACUUUGCAGUUUAAAUGAUGUGUUAGGUGGGAAUAUCUUACUAUGCAAUCACUGUAAAUGAUCAGUUUUCUACUAGAGUAUUUCAUUUGCAGUCCACAGAGGCCGCCCUGAAAGAUGACACAGUCUGAAUUAAAGUUACGUAUCAUUUAAAUUGUUUGAUUGUUUUUUUCCUACUAGGAUUGGUCUAUUAAUAAUUAGCGUCCUCAGCCAGAUGACAUAAUGAUAGUAUGCUGUUACACAACAGUGCGCACAUAUUGUGUUGAGAGGUGUGUCGGGGGGGAGACAGUUGUGUCUCAGCAGCUGACAGAUGUGAGCAGACGGCGGCUGUUUGAAGAAACACUGGACCAUCUGAAGAAACAGGGGAGGAGUCAUCCGAGGAGAGAGUUCACCGUUUGUCGGAGGAUACGUCGAUAGUGAAUGAAAAGGGCAGCAUGGCGGGGAAAGAGGGAGCUCGUUCAGCCGGACAGAACCAGCUCCAGGACUCCUCAGACUCGGACUCUGAACCGGAAGGGGAGCCUGUCCGGGUGGCCGGCGCCGGGCCGUCCGCCGGGUCCUUCCCCUGCACCCAGGUGAUCCACAGCGGACACUUCAUGGUGUCGUCGCCGCACAGCGACUCGGUGCCGCGCAGGAGGAAAAGCGGCAGCUCCAUGAGAUAUGACUUUGACACGGUGAACAGGACGUGGUGCCAGACUUACCGGUAUGGCCCAUUCAGCUCCGGGAGCCUGAGCAUCGACCCCACUCUGACCCGCCUGUUUGAGUGCAUGUCCCUGGCCUACAGCGGAAAGAUAGUCUCGCCAAAGUGGAAAUCUUUUAAGGGUCUGCGGCUGCUGUGGAGGGAUAAGAUCCGUCUGAACAAUGCCAUCUGGAGAGCUUGGUUCAUUCAGUAUGUGGAGAAGAGGAAGAACUCAGUGUGCGGGUUUGUCACCCCGCUGGAGGGCUCUGAGGCUGAUGCACAUCGAAAGCCUGAAGCCAUCGUGUUAGAGGGCAGCUACUGGAAGAGAAGGAUUGAAGUGGUGAUCAAGGAGUACCACAAGUGGAGGAUUUACUAUAAGAAGAGACUCCAGAAAAAGAAAGAUGAUAUUCUAUCAAUGCUACAAGAGGGUCAGAUCUGCCAGGCCAGGCUGGAGAAAUGGUCCAAUCAGAUGUACCAGCAGCCUGAAGCUGCGCCGGUCGAGGCCCACAUGUUUGACCUGGACUGCUUUCUGUCCGACAUCUCCGACACCCUGUUCACCAUGACGCAGAAGCCAUGUCCCUGGGCCAGUGACCGACACAGCACCUACACCAGCAAUGCUGAUAUAAUCCAACCAGGCCUGACUCCACUGCAGCCCAACUUGGAUGAUUUCAUGGAUAUACCAGAUGUCUUUAUGAACUACAGGGGCCAGUCCUCUGAGCAGACUGGUUUUGCUGACUGUGGUUAUUUUGAGAGCUCCUCCAGCACGGCGUUCGCUCCAGUUCCCUCCCCCGUGGUACCGGCUCCUCAGCUACUGAUCGACAGCCAGCUGGCUCAGCCCAAUCUGUCGUCUGACAGUUUGCCUCAGCCCUCCCCAUCCAACACCCGGCCAGAGCAGACCAGGCCGGGCGAGGACUGCGGCGACUACCACCCGUCCAGCAUCAUAUCCGGGGCCAUGCCAUAUGGACACCAGUCGUUCCCCGAUCCGCCUGUUUCUAUAGCGUUCACCACCAGCAUCGAGCAGCCGGCCUCUGCUAGCGUUCCUUUUCUGUACCCGCUGCCAUGCCACAAGUUUGGUUACUACACAACGACCAACGCGACCUCCACUGUCAUUACCCACACCGCCUCCACCGCGGGGGCCCAGGGCUCGGCGCACCAGGCUCACAGCUUCCCACACACAGGGGACACGUACCCCCAGGUUCCCUUCCCCUCUCUUAGUUACCCUGCUGCCGUGUCUGACCCCGUCCAGGCGACGCUGCCCUCUGUCACCGCGCCCCACUGCUUCUCAGUCCCGGAGCAGGUGGCUGUCACAGGGGUCAGAGGGAAGCACAAGCAAAAGACGGGAGGAGUGAGGACAGCUAGCGCCUCUGUAGCUCUGUCUUGCCCCCAGUCCACUGCCCCCACACCCACGAGCUGCCUUGCUAAACUUCUCUCCUCCGGCGCCCGUGAACGGAAGCCAUCACUGGGAUUUGAUUCUACUCUAGUUCCAGCCAAAGGUCAGAGGUCAACAUCUCCCAGCUCUGCGCAGUCAGGCAGCAGCGCGCAUGUUGCAGGAGCUUCAUCGCAGCUGCAGCAUGGAGCUGGCUGGCCUGCAGGGAUCCCAGUGUUGACACCUCUGCACAGUCAGAGUGCCACCCUGGCUCACAGCGGCCCGCACGCCAGCACCUCCAGAGGCUUGGCGGUGUCGACCCUGCUCACCCACAGCUCCACCCACACCGGCACCACCCUCCUCAUUCCCAAGACUGAGAAACUAUCUCCUGUCCAGCUCUACGGCACAGACAGGAGCACCUUAACUGUGAAUUUUCCAGAACAUCCCGGCCGAACAUCACCACCCAACCCUUUAGACAAAGCCUCCAACCCCGAGUCCCCGCAGCCCGGCUUCUCGGGACAUGGAAAGAUAGAAUCAAGUAAGCAAACAGAGACCAGGAGGAUAACUCACAUCUCAGCAGAGCAGAAGAGGCGUUUCAACAUCAAACUGGGAUUCGACACUUUACAUAACCUUGUGACAACACUCAGCUCUCAGCCAAGCAUAAAGAUCAGCAAAGCCACCACGCUGCAGAAGACGGCUGAGUACAUCAGUAAGAUGCAGCAGGAGAGAGCUCAGCUGCACGAGGAGGCUCAGAGACUCCGAGAGGAAAUCCAGGUCCUCAACUCUGCCAUCAAUGCGUGCCAGCAGCAGCUACCAGCCACCGGCGUGCCCAUCACACGGCAGCGCUUCGACCACAUGAGGCAGAAGUUCAGAGAGUACGUCCAGGCACAGACUCUGCAGAACUGGAAGUUCUGGAUCUUCAGUAUCAUCAUCGAGCCGCUGUUUGAGUCCUAUAACGGGAUGGUGUCCACUGCCAGUGUGGAGGACCUGUGUCGAUCCACUCUGUCCUGGAUGGACCAGCACUGCUCCCUGCCUGCCCUCAGACCCAUGGUUCUGCGUUCACUCCGUCUCCUGAGUACCACCACAGCCAUCCUGACAGACCCCAGCCUACUGCCAGAGCAGGCCACUCUCGCCGUCACCCAGGGCGACCCGGUUGCUGCCAUGGACAACUCCUUACAGCCCGCUGCUCGGGACAAUAUACACCCCAUGUGACCCAGAGAGACAGACUGAGUGGAACUUAACUGGAGCCCAACACAAUGCACAGGAGACCACGAGUCAGAGGGGAGUCUGGUGUAAUUAAAAAAGACUCAACACUAAGCCCGGAGACUGUUAAUAAUCAUAUUCCAAUAAAACUCACCAGCUGCAAAAAGAAUGUAUUCCUCUACACCCAAAAAUCAUAGGCUGUAAUAUGCACUUCUGAUUAUUUUUCAGCCUCAAAAUAAUUUUCUUUGGAAGAGCAGAAGUUCAGAUGAGUGUAAGGAGACGUCAGUUACUGUGACUGUGAUGAAUGGCUUCAUUUUCUGUUGAAAUAAUUUGGUGACAUCAGUUAACAGCUGCAUUUAUUCUCAAUUACUUUGACAUCUCA